AUGACGCGCCCCCAGCCGCUCGACGACGUCGCGCCGCCGCCGCCUCUCCUGGCGUCCCUGUCGUUCCCGUGCUCGCCGCCGCCGCAAGUGUCCAAGUACGUGGUCGGCGUGUGCGCCAUGGAGAAGAAGACGCGGUCCAAGCCCAUGCAGGAGAUCCUCCACCGCCUCGCGAAGAAGCGGCAGUUUGACGUGCUCGUGUUUGACGACGACACGAUCCUCCAUCGCCCGCCGCACCUGUGGCCCGUGUGCGACGCGCUCAUUACCUUUUACUCGACGGGCUUCCCGCUGCAAAAGAUCGAAGAGUACGUGCGCCUCGUGCGCCCUGUACUGGUGAACGAGCUCAGCAUGCAGCACGUGCUCUUUGACCGCCGCAAAGUCUACGCGCUGCUCACGCGGCACGGCAUUCAGGUCCCGCGCCACAUCAUUGUGAACCGCGACGUGCCGGACGGCGGGCCGCAGGACGAGCUCAUUGAACACGACAACUACGUCGAGAUCAACAACGUGCGGAUCAACAAACCGUUUGUCGAGAAACCGGCGGACGCAGAGGACCACAACGUGUACAUUUACUACCCCACGAGUGCCGGGGGAGGCAGCAAGCGCUUGUUCCGGAAGGUGGGCGACCGCUCGAGCGAGUUUUACCCCGACGUGAACCACGUGCGACGGGACUCGUCGUACAUCUAUGAAGAGUUUCUGAACACGCAGGGGACCGAUGUCAAGGUCUACACCGUCGGCUCGAGCUACGGCCACGCCGAAGCGCGCAAGUCGCCGGUGCUGGACGGCCGCGUGGUGCGUGACUCGGCUGGAAAAGAAGUGCGGUAUCCCGUGAUACUGAACGCGACGGAGAAGGAGAUGGCGCGGAAAGUGUGCUUGGCGUUCCAUCAGACCGUGUGUGGACUGGAUCUGCUCCGUGUGCGCGGGACGUCGUACGUCUGUGACGUGAACGGCUGGAGCUUUGUGAAAAACUCGAAGAAGUAUUACGACGAUUGUGGGCUGAUCUUGCACAAUUAUCUGGUCUCGGCACUGCGGUCGAGGUACUUCCGUCAACGUCGAGCGAACUCGCUCAACUCAAUGGGCACGCAAAUGUGCCCACAGUACGCAACGGAGCCCAGUCUCUUGGAUGGCGGAACUCAGGAAUGGCCGCAUCCUCGACCGAGCUCGAACUCGGACGUGUCGGAAUCGAGUCUAGCCAGUAGUACCGGCUUGCCGCUCGAUGACGAGAAGCGCGAGGAGUUGCGCUGUGUCAUUGCCGUGGUACGCCAUGGCGACCGCACGCCGAAACAGAAGCUGAAAACUCAUGUAUGGGAGAGAGACCUUGUGGCCUUCUAUGAGAAACGGCAGAACGGAGACAAGUACGACGAGGUGAAGGUGAAGUCAGUUGCAGACCUUCAGGAGCUGCUAGACUUGGUGCGUAGUCUGAUCAAGGCAUAUGCUCCCGGCGUUGGCUCGAAAGAUGCUGUGUGGGAAACGGACGGUGGCGACAGUUUUGAGAAGCUGCUUCAGAUGAAGCGCGUGUUAGAGCGGUGGAAAUUUGCAGGCAUCAACCGCAAGGUGCAGUUUAAGCCUCACAAGAACUUUGCGACUGCUGCUGCUGCGUACGCAGAUGCCCCAGAAGGAUCUGAGAGGCCGAAGGUGCUCAUGAUAUUGAAGUGGGGAGGUGAUCUCACCGAACGAGGCAAGCAGCAGGGCGAAGCUCUGGGUCAGUCGUUUCGAAAUAGCCUCUACCCUGUCGACGUGGAAGAAGGAGGUCUGCUUCGCUUGCACUCGACGUUCCGCCACGACUUGAAGAUCUUUACGUCAGACGAAGGUCGUGUGCAAAUGACUGCGGCUGCGUUCGCAAAAGGUUUCUUGGAGCUCGAAGGCGACCUUACACCAAUCCUUGUAAGCCUCGUCACCACGCUCGGAAAAGAUGCCAACAAAAUGCUGGAUCACUCUGGUCAAGCUGACGCUACGGACGAGAUGCAGACCAUCAAAGCCAAGCUGACGACGCUGCUGCAGCGUGACUACUCUUCCAUUGACGAAAUGAAUGCUGCAAUCGCACCGUUACAGACCCAGUCGAUAUUGCAAGCGCUCGACAUUAUAAAGAGUCCGAAAGAGGCUUUGGUCCGUCUGCUGGAGCUGGUGCGCAAGCUCCGAGGUGAAAUUGCUGAGCGCGUGCAUGACAAACAGGCCGAUGAGGUGACUCCUUUGUACAUGGGCGAAACGUUCUCGCUGAUGUUCGAGCGCUGGGAUAAGAUAUUCCGUGACUUCUACUCGACCAAGACGGACACGUUCAACCUGAGCAAAAUUCCCGACGUGCACGACUGCAUCAAGUAUGACUUGCUCCAUAAUUCGAGCGUUGACUGGAAGUGUGGUUCCGAUCUUUACAAGUUGGCUGAAGCUUUGGCGCGAUGUUAUGUCUCGCAAGAGUAUGGCAUGGACAUUGCUGAGAAACAAUCGAUUGGCAACCGCGUUUCGCAGGCGCUCUGUGCAAAGAUUCGCGCCGACAUUGUCACGGUCAUGUCAUCUUCCACCCGUGGACAGCCUCCGUCCCCGUCGUCGAGGAGUUUGUAUGGAAACGGCGACGAUGCUGCAGACGAAAAUAUCGAUGACAUUGCAGACCAGGAUAUCGAGCAUCACGGCUAUCGCUUGGAUCCUUCUUACGCGAAAGAGCUGCGAAUCAAGAGCCCGGACACGCAAAUUCGCACGCGCCUUUAUUUCACUAGCGAGAGUCAUAUGCACACGCUUCUGAAUGUGCUGCGCUUUCAGUGCCCCUCUUGGCGCGCGCGAAUUCACAAUCGCGACGAAUACGACGAGUACGACAUCUCACUCGAGCAAGAAGAGUUCAGCAACGAGAUUCUGAAGCGCAUGGGUAUCAGCGUGAACGACCACAUGACGCAACGCAAGUACGUGUUCUGCGAGUCCAAGCUACUCUCGGAAAGCAGCCAGCGUGCACUAGACCGUAUAGCGGAAAUCAAUUACCUCGCGCACAUCGUUAUUCGCGUGUUUGAAACGCUAUCGCUGCCGGAAGACAGCGAGGAACGCUUUCGCGUGGAGAUCUCGUUCUCUGCGGGCGUAAAUGACGGGCUAGCGGACUCAGCUGAUGGCGGCGAUAGAGUGCACGACACGAUUUACCUCACGAAGAACAUGACGGGCGUCAUGUUGGAAGACAUGCUGGCAGCUUGCGUCUCGUCCGUCCAGUGCACCUCCAUUUGA